AUGCGUUUGGUUUGGCCGGAAAUCUGGGCGUUACCUUGGUUGUUGGGUGCGGAGCAGCCUACGGACCCAUGGGUGGUGUUGUACGUUGAGGAUUGGCCGGUGUGGGUUCGCGAGUUCGGAUUUGGAACGGUGGAGAAAUACGUGUUAAGCCGGGACCUGCCGGUGACGAAUAUUGCGUUGCAAAUUGCGUUUACUCAGUUUAACCCGAGUACGUGCGAGAUGUUGGCGACUGAUGCAGACGCCGAUUUCUCCAAAGAGGACCCUGAGAACUUGGUUCCGGCAGGUUGGCCAGCGGGUAACCCCGACGGUACGGAGACAGGAGCUGCUGGGGGAAAUAUACCGGCCGCGCAAGUGAUAAAGAGCCGUUACCCCUACAUCAAGCUUAUUCCUUCCAUAGGAGGUUGGUCUCGAUCACAUACAUAUCAUGACUGUUUGACCAACAGAAUGGACGAGACUAUUAACAACUUGGUGGAAACUGUUCGUGUGUGGGGUUUCGAUGGAGCUGACUUUGAUUGGGAGUAUCCAGAAUGUGAAGGUGGGUGUGGCUGUCAGGGUGAAGAGACCUGUAUUAACUCCUCUAAUGUGGCGGCACAUGGCGAUUGGGAAUUAUAUAAGACCUUCAUAAUGAAGCUCCGUGCAAAAUUUGACGAAUUAGAAACCAAGGUUGGGCGUAAACUGAUGAUCAGUGGUGCCUUUGGUAUGAAUCCAAAACUUAUUGAUGGCGGUAACGAGACAUGGCAAGAUCCUACGCCUUGGGAAUGGCUGUGUGAUGAGGGCUACUUCGAUUUGCUAAAUCUUAUGACCUAUGACUUUUAUGGACCAUGGGCUCCUCAAGUCGCCCCCCUGGCGCCGCUAUACAGUGACCCGGAGGGCCCCACGGAGAUGAUGUCAUGUGACGACAGUAUCCAACGCAUCCUGCCACGUUGCAGCCAUCCCGAGCGGCUGCUAAUGGGACUGGCGACGUACGGCAAGGUGUGGAAAGAUGUGCCCAAAGAAGGCACCCCCCCAGGCAUGUACAAGAAUAGCACUAACAAUGCACCUAUGGGACCUGGCUCUUGGGAACUUGGCACUAUUAGCAUCUGGGACACAGUGCUGAACGUAGAACCCGUCUGCGAAGUCGCUAUGCACGACACAACCAAGACCAAGGCGGCAUACUGCGACACCAUGCCCGCACAGGCAGACUCGGCCGCAGCUGGUAACGGUCCCGCACGCACGGCUGACAAAGUCUUCAUCUCCUACGAAGACGGCGAUACCUGGAAAGAAAAAAUGGCUUACGCCAAGGAAAAGGGAAUGGGUGGGGCUAUUAUCUGGGCUGCGUCCGACAUGGGCAACGGCAAGACCCAGGGAACCGUCGCCGAGGGCCUACUCAACGGGCUCUUCAGCGGCUGGUACGGCUCCGACUACAAGGUUGGCCCUGUUAACCCUCACAGCGGCACCUGGCCCACCUUCAACAAGUGGCCCUGGUACCCCUGCCCGUUCUCCCACACCAUCAGCAAGGAUACCAACCCUGCCGACUACCUCUGUCCAGAUCUCUCCACACUACCGGAUUUCACACCGCUCCCAACUGCCAGCGACACUAUCGAUACCGGCAAAGAUGGUCAUUCACCCGGACCUGGACCAACCACCGAUCCAGGCGGCGAUACUGACCCAACCGGUAACACCAACGCCACUGAUCCAAGCGGCGAUACUGACGCCACUGACCCAAGUGGCAACACUGACGGUACAAGCGCCCCCGCCCCUAGCACCAGCAAGGGCGAAGGUUGGUGGACAGACAGUCCCAACAACAACAAUAGCUCGCCACACGCUCUCACCCUCACACUCGCCUCCGGAGUCCUCCUGGUCUCUUGUCUAGCCUUUUAUCCGUAA